UUUUUCCUUGCCUUUUUAUAAAUAUAUUAUUCUACUAUGAAUAAUGAACAAGAUAUUAGUUUUAGUGCUGCUUGGCUUGAGGGCAAAUUAACUGAUGAACAGGUUAAUCAACUCACGCCAGAACAAUUAAAAAAUUAUAAUUUGCAAUUAGAAUAUAAUAAAGAACAUAAAGGUCAUGAAUCACAACAUGAAUUGAUGGCCAUUAUAUUAUUAUUUGCUUUGUUUGCUUCACAAUUCUUAAUUUUAUGGUGGAAAAAGAAACAUUAUAAAUCAUAUCAAACUGUAAGUUUAGCUGGUCUUUAUUUCUUUCCUGUAUUGUUUGGUCUUUAUGCAGGAUGGUCAAGGUUUUUAAUCUUUUGGACACUAUUUUCACUCUUAAACGGCUUUGUUAUUUAUAAGGCAACAAGACAACCUUUAGAAGCCAUGACGCCACGCAUGGUCUACAAAUGGUAUACAGUGGUUUAUAACGUAUCAUUUGUGAUUGGAUUAAUAGGUUAUUGUGUCAUUUUAUUUGUCUUUUUUGGAUUAUCAGAAUUGUUUGGUAUUGGUCCUGGAUUUAUACAAGUAGGAGUCUUAUUAUUAAGCUAUGGACUUUACUUUGGUGUAUUAGGAAGAGAUUUCGUUGAAAUAUGUCAGGAUAGAAUGGCAGCUACAAUUGGAUAUUAUUCAAAGGAUGGAUUACCUAAUAAAUAUUUAGGAGAAGGGAUCUGUGCUGUUUGUGGUUAUUCAACUUCACAACAACCACAGGGAAUAGAGUCAACAAGACCUGUUAUGUUUUCAGAUGACCCAGUACAUCAAUUAACCUGUAAACAUGUAUUUCAUGAAAAAUGUAUUCGUGGAUGGGUUUUAAUUGGUAAAAAAGACAUAUGUCCUUAUUGUAAGGAAAAAGUAGACCUUAAACAGUUUAAAAAGAAUCCAUGGGAUACACAACAACAGCUUUAUCUUAAUUUAUUAGAUGGCGUUCGUUACUUGGUUGUUUGGCAACCAAUUAUUUUUGGUGCUGUUCAACUCGCUUAUUAUAUUUUUGGUUUAGAUUAAAAUAAAAUAUAAAGGUUCAUUUUCUUUUGAAACCUAGCAACAAUAA